AUGCUAAAGUAUAUUAGUUGUCUAAAUAAGAGACUGAUUUACAAGUUACAUGUAGAAAAUGAUAAGAUCAUUGAUAUGCCAUUGUUCUUGGUGGACAACCUAUAUGUAAGAAGUAAAGAGGAGUUAAUUUUGUUACUGAGCAAUGCUAUUUCUUUCAACAAAAAAGAUUUUUUAGUUAAUUACAGAAGAGUGUUACUAAAGGACAAUGAAGCAUAUAGUAGUUAUAAUAAUUCGAAUGAAACGGAAAAUGGUAGCAAUAACGUGAAAGAUUACAGUAAUGGAGAUAGCAAUAAGAAGCAUAACACGAAUUGUGAAAUAGAUAAAAAUACCACCUGUGACAGCACCAAUGGACAUUAUAAAUAUAAACUUGUAGAUAGUGUUGGUGAUAUAAAAUGGGGAAAAAAUUUUAUGUUAAAAGAUGUGGACAUGCAUUCAACACAAGUAAACAAUUGUUACAAAUACAAUAACGAAGAGUAUAACGAAUUGAUAAAUUAUUUAUCGGAAAUAUAUUCGAGUGAAGAAAGCUGGAAUUCAAAUUGUACACACCUUUUUGAAGAGGAUGAAGAGGAGGAUUAUAUGAACUAUUUACAAAAAAAAAAUGACAAAGAAAGAAAAGAUUCUAAGGAGAAAAAGACACAGGAAUAUUCAUUAACUGGUUAUAUUCCGAACGAUUUUUUUUUUCGUUCAUUUAAAAAUAGAAUUAUAUCCAUUAAGGGACAUUUAUCAUACAACGAUUUAUUUUCACUUAUUUAUUUAUAUAGUAAAAAGAGAGAUAUACAAAUUAUGAAAACACUAGGAGAGCAAUAUAUAUAUAAAAUGGAAAGGGAAAAAGAUAAGCAAGUAAAUUACAAGCAUAUUAUACAUAUGUUAAAUAUAUUUAUUAAAUUAAAUUACGAAAAAUAUAACAUUCAUAGUAUCAUAAAACAUUUACUACAGAAUAUGUCUGAGAAUAUUUUAAUUAAUGACUUGAAGUUAUCGGCCUUAGGUUUUACUUGUUUAUCAAGACUUAAUUUGUAUAAUAUGCUAUUUUAUGAUUAUAUAUAUACUUUUUUGAAAAAUGUAAAUGAUUGUUCUCAUUUAUGCUGUUCUAUGGUUUUACAUUGCAUAGGGUAUCAUAAACAUUAUAUGGUGAAGAAGAGGAAGAAGCUUUAUGAUCAAGUAAAAUCUUUCAACAAAUUGAUGAAUCGUAAUAUCAUUUCGGAGAAAUGCAUUAUGAUAAGUAAUGACAUCUACAAGUUUAGUAACAACCCCAUCAAUAAUGAUAAUCUUGAUGAUAUAGUUACCGAAGAAGCAAAAAAAGCUCAAUGUGGAUACAAAAAAACUAUUCCCAGAGAUUUCAAAAUAAAUAUUUUGACAUUUCAACUUUGUAAUAAAAACAGAGAUAUCAUUAAUAAAUUAGAACAUAAACUAAUUGAUAGACUAAUAAAAAUGGACUUACAUGAUAUUUCUGAAAAAUCUAUAAGUAGCAUAUUUCACUUUUAUUUUUUAAUAAACAAAAAUAUUUUGACUGAUAAAGAUCAUAUUAUAUUUAGCAAAUUAAGCGACAUUUUAAUAAAAAAUAAAAUAAAUUUUCUAAAGCCUAGAAGUUUUCUCAUGUCCUCGUACACAUUAAUUCUUCAUAAAUAUUUCACGAAUAUUCAUAUCUCUUCAUAUUUCCUUAUACAGUGUGCUAAGUUAAUAAAAUGGUUAAAGGGUAGAAUAUAUAUAGACAAUUUACUAUUCGUUUUAAUGGGUUUUGCUCAAAACCAAGUGAUUUUUUAUAAAAACAAAAAGAAUAGUACUUACCCAAAAGUUUAUGUUGAUAAAAAAAAUAAUAAAUUAUGUAAUUUUAAAGUAGAAAAUAAAUAUAUUGAUAUGCUUGAAAAGUGCGAAUAUGAAGUAAAUAUUCUCGAAAAAAGAGAUGUGAAACCUGUUAGUUGCAGAGCAGCUAUUUUAUAUAUCUUUAAUGAAAUAACAAAUUUAGACUAUGAAUUAAAUAAGAAUCAAAUUAUUUUGUAUUUACAAUUAUUUUCUAGUCUUGAUAUAAAAUUAAGUGCAGAUAUUAAGCAAAAAUUGUUUAUACUAAUUAUUAACUAUGUUAAUGAUUUAAUAUGUUAUAUUAAUUUGAUUUUUCAACUAGCUAUUAAGAUGUAUGGAAUUUCUAGUAAAUAUAUGAAAACUAUAGCUUUGCAUUAUUUGGAAAAAUUGGACCAUGAAUUGUGCAAAUUAUGUAAAUUACUCAAAAAAGAUGAAAAAUAUUUUUCUAAUUUUUUGGCAGAAUAUAAUAUUGACACCUUGAAGCGUAAUACCUAUUCAGAUGAUAUGCAUACCCAUUUAUAUGACCUGGAUAGUCUAUCUUACACCCUUUUCAUUUUUGAUCAAAUAGAUGUAACCAAAAAAGAUUUCAUAAUAAAUCUUUCAAAAUUGAUGUCCAUUAAUGAAUACUUUAUUUUGAUAUACAAAAAAAAUAACUUUAAUUCUUAUAUUUAUCUUCUUCAUUAUAUUGGCUCCUUACCUAUUGAUACACAAGAGCAUAAAAAGUUAAUAGAUUUUUUAUUCACAAAUUUGGAGGAAUAUAUAGAAUUAUCUUAUAAGGAGUACAUGCAAAAUAGAGGAAAAGCGAUAAUAGAGGAAAACGAUAUGUUAAUAGGAUUAAGCAAAAGACAAGCAAAUAUUUAUGAUGAAUAUAAAAGUAACGAAACAAGAGAAGUGAAUAAUAAAGGCACGCAUGAUUGCACCACCGAGGAUAAAAAUAUCACAGAUUGUUUCUAUAACGAAGUAAACCAUAAGAUAAUAAAGGAUAAAAUAUUUCUAAAAGAUUUGAUAUUAUUACUAGAUUCCAUAAGAAUUAACAAGGCCUAUGGUUAUAACUCUCUCCUUCGCAACAUAACUGCAAUGAUAAAUACGGAAAAAAUCAAGAUGCUGUCGGAUGAAGACGUCGAAUUAGUAAAUUACAUUUUUAUAGAUAUGGGUCUAAUGAACAAACAUGUAAUGGACGAAGCGAUGAAUAGGGGGUUAACUAUCGGAUUAAAAGUGUAA